AUGUUCAAAUCCUAUUCGAGCAUUCAGAACCACUACAUGAAGGGAGUGUUAGACUUUCAAUUUGAACCCAAUUUCUCUCGGAAUGUGGAGUGGGUUGUAACUGAGAAAGUUCAUGGCAGUAAUUUUAGUUAUGUGGUUUCUAUGAGUGAUAACGCAGAGUUGGAUAUUCAAGUUGCAAAACGAACUGAAAUACUCGUUACCAACGAUCCUUCCUAUUAUCCAAUUGCAGUUCAAAAAGUGAGAGAAAUUUAUGACAAGAAAAUACCCAUUCUAUUCAAACGUGUGGUUGAAAUUGUGGAUGAAAAUUUCAACAUUAAUGUGAAUAGAAUGCAUGCGUUUGGAGAGUUAUUUGGUGGUCACUAUCCUCACAAGGACGUUAAAAACGUGAGUGGAAGAGUUCCAAUCCAACGGCAUGUGUACUACCACACAGAGUUUGAUUUUUAUAUUUUUGAUAUUUAUUUCUCAGGAGUUGAAAAGGAAACCAUGAAAGAAAAACAAUUCUUUCUUCCUUUCGAUUUAUUUGUGAAAGCUCUUUCUGAGUGUGAAUUCAAUUGCUAUGCAAAAGAAUUAUUCAGAGGAAAAUUUGAGGAUUGUUUGAACUUUGAUUCUGUUUUUGACUCUGUGAUUCCUUCGUAUUAUGAGCUUCCUACAAUGCCGCAUCAUACCAAUAUCUGUGAAGGAAUUAUUAUUAAACCGGUGAAGGACAUGUAUACUCAAAAACGAGAACGAAUGAUUAUUAAAAAGAAGAAUGAAGCAUUUAAUGAAAAGAUUGGCCAAGCUAAAAAGCCAAAACAAAAAACCACCACCAUCACCGAAGUGAGCAGAUUCACACACGAAAAGGGAGAACAAGUUAUGGAAGAUGUCAAUAAUUACAUCAAUGAAAAUAGAUUGGAGGCUACCAUUUCCAAGUUAGGAGACAUUUUUAAGUUUAACAAAUUAAGGGAGCAAGCUAUUUAUUUAUUGGCUCAAGAUGCACUGAAGGACUACAAGGAGGAAAAUUCAGAGCUGUGGAACGAGCUGCCUAAAGAGGAUCAAAAGACCAUCUCAAGAGCCCUUCCAAAAAUUUCACAAAAAUUUGUGGAAACCUAUGUGAAGGAGAGAAUUGAAGACAAUCAAUGA